CCCCCUCCCAGAUCUUCUCGGUCCUCUCGACACUCUGCAGGAUGGACGUCGUAAAUCAGCUGGUGGCCCAGGGUCAGUUCAGGGUGCUGAAGGUUCCUCUGGGCUUCAUUAAGGUCCUAGAAUGGUUCUUCGCCAUCUUUGCCUUCUCCACCUGUGGCAGUUAUUCCGGGAUGUUCAAGAUUGCGGUGGAGUGCAAGAACCGGACGCAGAGCGACCUGAAAAUAGAGGUGGAGUUUGAGUAUCCCUUCAGACUUCACCAGGAGUAUUUUGACGCCCCCACCUGUAAGUCUGAGAAUAAAGAACCGAUUUUCCUGGUUGGUGACUACUCCUCCUCGGCCGAAUUCUUUGUCACCGUCGGCGUCUUCGCCUUCCUGUACUCUACGGCGGCUCUCAGCAUUUACGUCUUCUUCUUUGACAAGUACAAGGAGAACAACAAGGGCCCACUGAUUGACCUGGGAGUCACCGGAGUCUUUGCCUUCAUGUGGCUGGUGAGUUCGGCAGCCUGGGCCAAAGGUCUGUCUGACGUAAAGACUGCGACCAACCCGGAUGAAGUCAUCACUAUGAUCCCCGCCUGUAAAGAGGAUGAGAACAGCUGCCGUGAAGUCCACGACCCGGUUAUGUCUGGAUUGAACACCUCUGUGGCAUUUGGUUUCAUUAACCUGGUCCUGUGGGUUGGCAACCUCUGGUUCGUCUUUAAGGAGACGGGCAUCAUUGCUCCCUUCAUGCGGGCUCCGCCUCCUCAGGCCAAGCCUGCCGCACCUGAUGCCUACGCCCAGCAGGGAGCCUAUGAGCAAGACCCGUAUGCCAGCAACCAGGGAGGCUACCAACCUGACUACAGCCAGCAGGGAUACAACCAGGAAGCGCAGUAUGGUCAGGGCUAUGGCCAGCAGGGGGCGCCCACCUCCUUCUCCAACCAGAUGUGAGCUGACAGGAAGAAGGACGAGUCGGAGUGAACCAACAGUGGGUCGCCUGCAACCAACCCACAAUGUGACACUCCUGGCUGCAAAGUUAACGGGUGGGGUGGGG